CACUGGUUUAUAAAAGGCUAUGAUUCAGAGUUAAGCCAAGUCUACACGCAGGCAUUUAACACUGAACCGAGGAUCAGAGCUCAGUUUUCUUGGUGUAGCCAAAGGGAUACAGCAUGUCCGAUAUGCUUGACGACAUUUUGGCAAAAAACUUUCUGAACCUGGCCUUGAAUGAGGACCCGCAGCUGUCACAGUCACAGCUUAAAAUCCCAGGGCAAAACCGACUGAGCCGAUCUGCCUCCUUCUUCUCCCCCUCCUCCCAAGCUGCCUCCUCAAUCCUCAAUUCAAGUUCUGAGCAUGUUAACAACGAUGACAAUGGCAGCUCUAUCUGGUCAUCCAACAUAUGGAGUCAAGCACCGGUUUCCAACAAAAAACAAUUCUCCUUCCGGCCUGACCGCUCCAUGAGCCUGACCGAGCCCAGCAGCCUGCUUCCUUCAAUCGGACACUUUAAAGGCCUGGAGCCUUUUCCCCCGAGCCCUGCUACUACAGUAGCCCCCCCACCAGGGUUUCCUCCCUCAUCUAAUCUCCCACCUCAGGUACCACCAAUGCUUUCCUCUAACCGUUACAAGACUGAGUUGUGUCGUGGCUACCAGGAAAGCGGCACUUGCAAGUAUGGCAGCAAGUGUCAGUUUGCCCACGGCGAAGCCGAACUGAGAGGACUGUACCGCCACCCUAAGUAUAAGACCGAGCCCUGCAGAACCUUCUACAACUUUGGCUACUGUCCAUAUGGCUCACGCUGUCACUUCAUCCAUGAGGAGAAAAUCACUGGUGGUCCCUUACCAUCUGCCAAAUUCCAGAAGCAACUAAAUCCCUCUGCAUCUGGCGACCACAACCCACGCCACCAGCUCCGCCAGAGUGUCAGCUUCGCUGGCUUCAUGGGCCCUUCCCGCAGCACCUCUCCUCCAUCAUUCACUGCACUCUUCAAUGAUCCCAACAUGGCAUUCACCCGCGCUCCUUCAGUUUCCCCUCCUCCUGCAGAUCUCCUCUCACCCGUGUUUGGAGACUCCAUGCAGAGGGAAACAUCAGCAUUCCAGUUUGGCAGUCAUCAGACCUGCACUAGCACCGGAGACAUUCCUCUAAUCCUGGAGCCAAAACCCACACGCUGUGUGUGCGGCCACGGAAAUAACUUUACCAGCAACAAAACUAGACCCUUCCCCAACACUGUGGACCAGGACAGCAGCAUGCUGUGUCCUAGUCUCAGCAGUACUGGGGUUUUCACAAGACCCACCGGACUGCAGCGCUUUUCCUCCGAGGACUCCCUGGAGGACAGCUACAGCAGCAGCAGCUCCAGUGGGACUGAGUCUCCAACCUUUGAUGGGUCAGCCACCAAGCGGCUCACUGUGUUUGAGCGUUUAUCCCUGUCUGAUUAAAGAGAGUGUCAGAUGGGACGAAACAAUCCAAAGAGAAAGAACUGUGACACUUAAAUAGCUUUUCUAUUUUCUGACUAUUUCUAAAACUGUUCAGAACAAGACAACUUAAUAACACUUGUAGAAAUAUAAUGUAUCCUUUACAAACUACACAUACUAAGAUGAUUUUAGAACUCAAAUGUUAUCAGACUUUAUUUUUAUACUCAGAAACAUGGAUUAGUUUAUUAGGCCUUUGUAUGUGGUCUUCCAUGAGAAUUACCUCUGCAGGUCUUGACCGUACCAGCACAUAUCUUGGCUCACUACAAUCAGUAGUGAAUAUAAGUGGCUUAUCUUUUAGUGAUAAUCAUUAACGCCUGUGCCUUAAAGACUUUGUCAUCUUUGUGCCGCAAGCAGUAUGUUUGAUUCAGUAGCCUUAAUCAGCUAGACCUGACAUGUGUCUAUUGUAUGCACUUUACAGCUAAUUCAGAUGGGGAAAAAGUCCCAGUAGCAUUCAACCAAAGCUUCGUUCGUAAAUCUGCUUAGUGUGAAUGGAAAAAGAGUGACUGUACAAGAAUGCAUGUGAGGAUGUUUAGGUUUAUUUUUCUUUUAUCAAAACUUGGUGUGCAAGUAAAUAUUGCAGAAUGCUGAAGGAUCAAAGUGUGCUAAUAGAUUGUUGAGUUGUGAACUGAGUAUCUGUAUCCUGACAUUCUUUCAUGGUGUUUGAUUCUGUAAAACAUCUGUUGUAUUUGCUCAUUUUUUAAUUGCACACCAUCUAUUGUUUUUUUUUUUUUUCUCCCCUGUUUGUUUGACAGCCUGGUUCAGGGAACACCACAGUAUUCCAUUUGGUUAUUGGUUGGCUCUUGUUGUUUAACUUAAACUAAUGUAUUUAUUGUAUUUAUUCAUGGUUUAAAAAGAAACCAUAUGUUUUGUACAUUUAUUUAUGGAGAGAUAUUUCCAACUCUGUGAAAUACCAAUGUGAGAAAAAAAAUUUAAAAAGAGAAUACUAUAUUUUUAAUUUCCUGAAAAGAAAACAAUAAAUUCCUAAAUAAAUGAAAA